CUCCCGGAUUUUUCCACAAAAACUGAUAACAAGUGAUAAGAGUUUUUUUCUGUAAUGAAAAACACUCAAACUCUUAAUAUCUAAUGCCAAUGUAGAUGGGUGUGAUGAAAAAGGCAGGGAAAUCAGGGUGAUUUUCUCACAAAAAGAAAUUAUUUUCUCCCGGAAAGCCCUCAGCAUCGUUCCGGAGGCCAUGCUGUGAUGGAAUCAGGGAGCACGACUCACGAGACUAGCUAAUAAAUUCUCCGAUUAUAUCGCUAAUAGCUGCGCAAUCUUGGCCACUUGCCCAUCCGAUCGUCGCACGCAAAGUCUGUUGAGGAGGCAAAGUUACACAAAUUCGGGGAAAUCUCACAGAAAGAGUGAAAGAAAGUGCGUGAAAAGUUAAUCCUAAACAGAGAGACGUUGUGCAGGAGGAAUAGGUUUAUAAAGUACUCUCUCUCUCUCUGGACAAGACCAAAGCAUUUUCCAACUGGAAGGAAAAUCCCGUGAAGCCAGAGAAGAUUAAAUGGUAUGCCCUGAGGACGAGACAUCCACCAAAUGUAUUGUAAAGACAAUUUCAACGCAAAAUAAGUGGACUUUUCUCGUACGACCAAACUACACUGUAAAAGCCUUCCUCGAGGACGUAGCUAGAAAUUCAGAAAUUUCCAACUUUCAGCUCUUUCUCGAAACAUCAAAUACAGAAGAAUUUAUUCUUCUGAAUGAGCAAAAGGACAAAACUCUCCUGGAGAUUGGAAUUAAUUUUGAUUAUGAUAGCGUGAAUAAUUUACUACUGCACCCAAUGAAGGAGGAAGACACAGGCAACGAAGUGACUGAGAAGAUUACGAUUAAUACCCUCCCAAUGACGGACUCAAUGUCAGACGAUGAUCUUGCCCUGGGCGCAUCGGCGAGUCCCACGGAACCCGCCGAUUCAACAACAAUCCCUCCGCUGCCGGCACUCAUGUUCAAAUGUGACAACAUGGAGGACUCAAAGCCACUCAAGGCGUUCAAGGAUAGGCGCAAAACCACCGCUUUCGUCGGUUUGGUCAAUCAGGCUAUGACAUGCUACCUCAAUAGCCUCCUGCAGGCCCUUUUUAUGACACCCGAAUUCAGGAAUGCCCUCUAUAAAUGGGAGUUUGAUGGUGUGGGUGAGAGCAAGUCUAUCCCUUAUCAGCUGCAGAAGCUCUUCCUCAAACUUCAGACCUCUGAGAAGCCGGCAAUUGAAACAACAGACUUGACACGAAGCUUUGGAUGGGAUUCAACGGAAGCAUGGCAGCAGCAUGAUAUUCAAGAGUUGUGUCGCGUAAUGUUUGAUGCGUUAGAGCAGAAAUUCAAGAAUACGCAACAGGCAGACUUGAUCAAUCAACUGUAUCAGGGCACAAUGAUUGACUACGUCAAGUGCCUGGAAUGUGGCACGGAGAAAUCUCGUGAAGACACUUUUCUCGAUAUCCCCCUUUCGGUUAAACCUUUUGGGAGCACCGUGGCCUAUGGGAGUAUUGAGGAAGCUUUGCGGGCCUUUGUGCAACCGGAAACACUCGAGGAGAAUAAUCAGUACAGUUGCGAUACGUGCAACAAGAAGUGCAAUGCUCACAAGGGGUUGAAGUUUUCAAAGUUCCCCUACAUCCUUACGCUUCACCUGAAGAGAUUUGACUUUGACUACCAAACUAUGCGACGAAUUAAGCUGAAUGAUAAGGUUACUUUCCCGCAAACACUAAACCUGAAUAAUUUGGUGAAUACAUCGAAUCCUGGCUUUGGGACAGCCGCUGAAACCGAAGCGAUGACUACCAAAAUGAGUGAUGACUGCAGCACAGUGACAACAGACAGUGGAUCAGCACUUGAGGAGGAAAGCUGUUCAGCUACAACUACAAUCACAAACAACGAGCCAGAUACGCAAGAAGAUGACGAGGGUAUUGAUAUGAGUACAAGCACGGAUCACAAGACAAACACCUCCCAUGCAUCUGGCCCCUUUAUCUAUGAGCUCUUCUCAAUUAUGAUUCACUCCGGAAGUGCUUCUGGGGGGCACUACUAUGCCUACAUUAAGGACUUUGAUUCAGGAGAGUGGUACUGCUUCAACGAUCAAACGGUGACGAGUAUCACGCAGGAGGAUAUACAGAAGAGCUUUGGCGGGGGGAGAGCACUCUAUUCGGGCGUCUACAGUUCCAGCAUUAAUGCCUACAUGCUGAUGUAUCGACGAAUUGAGCCACAACGCAAUACAUCGGUGAUGAGUAAAGAUGAUUUCCCGCAGCACAUUAAGGAGCUUGCGGAACGUCUGGAGAAGCAACAAAUGGAUCCAGAUCGCAACAGUGCGGAUACAAUGAAGGUGAAAGUUUACUUCUACAAUCCGGGAAUACUGAAGAUGGAACACAUGCAGAUUGAUAUACAAACCUAUUCACUUUUCGACGUUGCACUAACGAGGGCCUACAACUACCAUGGAGUUAGUUCGUUUUACCCAAAGGAAGAUUGCAGGCUUGUUGCGUACGAUCGCGAUAUGGAUUGUGUUGUGAAGAGCUUCGAAGGGCACGAACAGGAGGCUUUUGGGGAUCUGUGGUUACCCUACAUGACGUAUGAUUUGCUCAUUGAAACCCGUCAGCCGGGUGAGACGUUUGAGCCGUACGAGGAGAAUGGGAUCAGUGUAAAAGUGUUCACGGUGGACUUGGAAACAGCGGAUGUUGAUGGGCCGUUUCAUGUGCGCACAAAAGGAAGUAGAAGCACAAUUGGGGAAUUCCGGGAAUUGUUGCGGGAGAAACUCAAAAUCACCGACGUGCAGCCCCUUGAUAUUGCCUACAAGGAUGAUUGUGUGUACUUCCUGCGAAAAGAUCAAGAUGCAACGGGGCUGAAUUUAAUUUCCUCAACGAAGGUUUUCGUGACAACGAACGGCGUGAAGGUUGGUGAGGAGAGUGAGGUGACUUUUAAGCGCUUGACUGAGCAAUUCAGUGAACUCAUUGAAUUGUACAUUGUGCUUCCGGAGCGGGACAAGGAGACAUUGGAGAAGAUGUCAAUUCCUGCGUUUAAGCCAAAGAUACCCAGUCGUACGGCAACACCGGUCCAAGAGACACUGGCUGUUGUGGAGAAUGGGGAAAUCCCCGGGGGUUCAUCACCCCUGCCGGAGCCAGAGAGUAAUAGUGAGGAUAGUAGUUUGAGUGAUGGUGACAGAACACUCGUGGAGAGCUUACCGGCUGCCAAUACGUCGUCGCAGAGUUCGUGCACGGAAAAUGGGGAGGAGAGUGACAAACAGGAGUCUGAGUACACAUUUAAAGCUUACCCAUGUUGGAAGCAGAGUACAGGUGUUAAGCACGAGAAACCCAUUGAUGUUAUGAAGAUUCUCGUGGAUCGACGGAUGGAGGUUGAUGAUCUCAAAGUGCAUCUGCAGGAGCACGUUGGGGUACCGAAGAAAUUCUUCAAACUCAUGCGGAAGGUCAUCAUUCCUCGGGAAUUGUCAAAUCAAACGCUGAAUGACCUCAAAGAGCGCGAGGGGGUGUACGUGGAAUUGGGACGUGUGCUGAAAUUGACUGAACACCUGUGCAAAGUAUACUUCCUAAAGGUGUCCGAUGUGACGGAUGACGUGGAGAAGUUGCCCUAUGUGUGCGAAUGGAUAUUUGAGGAUGACACCAAAGUGGGGGAGACCCUGGUGAAGCUGCUCAAGUAUCUGGCCACGCUCGAUGAGAAGUAUGCCCAUUUGGUGCCUGAACGGUGCAGAUUGCGUAAGAUGGCAUGGCGAGGACUCGGUGGGGUCUAUCACAAUGAUCAAAUUUUCGGAGAGGACAUUCACUUUAACACAGACCACGAGAUUGUUCUGCAGGAGGUUGAUGAUGCUUCACCAGCUGUUGUGACUUCUGAUGAUUCAGUGCUGUUGCUGCGUCGAUGGAACCCCAGCACACUAACUCUUGAUCCCUUCCGGGAAAUUGCCUUUGGACCGGGCAGCGAACUGAGGAAAGUAAUAUCAGAUCUCUCGGGAAUACCAUUGGAAGAUGUUGAAUACGACAAGGUCACAGGAGCCUUCCCACGAAAUUCACUGCAAGUUAUGAAUAUCCAAACAGUGUUAGAAUGGUCAAAGACGCCGUUAAAUAAUGAAAUGUGGGCCAUUACGGAUGGUAGUGUCUACUACUAUCGUGAUGCAAAGGAGGAGCUGAAGGAGGUCACACCGGAGGAACGUAGGCAAUUGGCGGCAAAGGGAAUUUUCAAAUCGGAUCACUUUUCAACGGGAUCCGCAUCACCACGUCGCGAGAAGGCUCUUAAAAUUUACCUCGAUCUCUCGCCCAAGAAGCAAAAUGACUAAAGUCGCUCAAAACAACCACCCGCCGCCAAAACUUCUUUCACAGAAGUCUCAAAAUUCCCGAUUGGGGUGCAUCUGCUGCUCAAUGCAUUUCUCACACACUGAAACCACCACCACCACCCCCCCGAUUUGUGACACAACAAUGUUGAACAGCCAAAAAAAAAUGGAAACAUCCCGUCGUAUGUCUCGGUGAAUUUUUUAAUUCAAGCAGCGCAAUUUUGCGAAAGUUGUGAGGAUUUUUGCACAUUGUGUUUAGUUUUCUCUUCCUAAAAAAUUUUGUAAUGAGAUGUGAGCGCGCGCCUAAGCAAAAAAAAGCCUCUGUGCUUGAGAAAAAAUAAGAAAAACUUCCCAAAAAUUCAGUGCUAGAACACAUUUUGAGAUUCGCUGCAUAUAAUGGGAUAAAAAAAUGAUAUAAUAUCGCAACAAUUUUAGAUCAAGUUGAUUUAUUUUUUAAUUCUACGUAAUACAUCAUUUUAUAUUUUAUCAAAAUAUGUAAUAAUUAUUUAAUAACAAAAAAAGCUACAUUUUAUCAUGCGUCAACUAUAAAAACAAAUAUUUAUCAUUUUUUUCGAUACUUACUGUAAGAGUUUAAAACAAAGAAAAAAAAACUAGUGUGAAUGAUUUUGUCACGCAAAGUGAAAUCGAGAGUGAAAUUAAAUGAUCCCCCAGCAUUGUUCCGCCGAUAAAUUCUGAUAAGUUUUACAACAACAAAAAAACGCAUGAAGUCUUUGUUAUCUCCGAGGUAUGAAUUCAGUUAAAUGUCUCCAUGUUUAUGUAAAAUGCUAUUUAAAUGAAACAACAACAAGAUUACAGAAAAAAUAAAAUUCUUUUACAAAUAUAA